AUGCCGAGCAUUCGCGAUAACGAUCUCCGAAAGUCCCCAGAGUACUGUCACUAUCUCGAGGCAGUUAAGGACGGGGAGCUUACGCUGCCGGAUUUCAAGAUAGACGACAAUGGCGUGCCUGAUAUCCAUCCAUAUGAAGUCUACUGCCGAGUGAAGGGAUGCCUCAAGCGUACAUCCCUGACUAGUCAAGUAGCAUGGUAUGAAGGCUUGUUUGAAGGCACUGUUCUCCCAACCCCGACUCCUACCAAGAAGCGCAAGCGAGCUGCCACCAAGUCCAAGGACCACAAUACUAAGGGUGUCGAGAAUUCCAACGAGGGUGAAGCUGGAAAUGAUCAGGACAAUGGCGAGGGCCCUUCAAGUGGUCCAUCCGCCGUGAGGGUAGCAAGGCAGCUAAAUCAGCUGGUGAGAAAGGAACCAUACCCUGCAAGACCUGUCGCAACGCAAAGGGCAAAGCCAUAUUGCGAGUUUUGGCGCUUUUUCUCAUCGAUUGACGAGGCAAAGGGAGCGAGUAUGCAACCUCACAUGGAUAAUGCAAAAGAGACAAGCAAUGAAGAAAGUGUCUUAAACAAGGAAAAUGAGCAUGAAAAUGAGGAGGAAAAGGCUGCUGAGCCCGAGGAAGUGCAGGGUGAUGGCAGACAUGUCUCUGAACACCUUGCAAUCACUCCGUUUGCGCAGCUGAACAGUGGUGAGGAUAAUAGUAUUGCAACUAACCUGGAUCUCAGAGACUUUGGCCUCAAUCUAGAAUCUAUCUAG